UAUUAUGUGCCUAUAUGUAGGUGCCGUAGACCGUAGUAACCGUACUCCGUAGUGCGUACGUGCAGUUUGUGUUCGUGGUUCGUCCGUGGUCUGUCUGCGAAUCGUGAUAUUCAUGCGUUUUUUACCCUAUCGAGUCUGUGUGUCACCGUGUGUACUAACACUACGAACUACGAGUUCGCACUUCAUCCGUGCGUACUUGUGUAUACCCUUUUUUCUUCGUUUGCGUGUGUGUUUGUAAGAAAUUUGGAAGUGAGUGAACUGAUGGUUUUCCGUUUUUGAUUAGUAAUCAUUAAUCAGUCACAGUGUCAUCAAAACAUUUUGUCAGUCGCCAGAUUUUUCGGUUAGUGUGAGUAAUAUUGACUGUGGUAUUAUCGCACGGUUCUACCCCUGCGUUUCCGUCAUUACGACCUUAAUGCGUUACCACGAUCAACAAUAGUGAACCUACGAAAAUUAUCACUAGUGACACGAAGCGAUUGAAUAUAAAUAAAAGACACAAAGUCUCAUUGUUCAUACCAAUAUGUAAAAUAUUGUUUUUAUUUUAGAAUAUGUCUUAGUAAUGGGACGAAAUCGAAAUAGAAGAGCCAACCACAGUGUUCAGAGUACCAAUGUACCAAUGUCCCAGCGCAGUGACUAUGUCGAUCUAUGUCGCAACAUUAUACGCGACAUGGAUCUGUAUGGAGUAUGUGUACUAGAUAAUUUUCUGGGUUAUCAACGGGGUAUGACCGUACUAGAUGAAGUUUUGAACUUAUACAACAUGGGAGUGUUUAAAGAUGGUCAAUUGGUUCGAAAUAAAGCGAGUAAUAAUCUCAAAACAAUACGAGGUGAUCAGAUCAUUUGGGUUGAUGGUCGAGAGGAUAGUUGUAAACAAAUUGGACAGCUUAUAAGUGAUGUUGAUGCUGUAGUUAUGGGGUCAAAUAAAAUGAAUGACAAUGGUAAACUUGGAAACUAUACCAUCAAUGGCAGGACUAAAGCUAUGGUCGCUUGUUAUCCAGGACAUGGAUCUCAUUAUGUCAAGCAUGUUGAUAAUCCAAACAAAGAUGGCCGAUGUAUUACUGCAAUAUAUUAUUUAAAUAAAGACUGGGAUAUAAAAGAAAAUGGUGGCUUGCUAAGAAUAUUUCCGGAAGGUUGGAGUGACCAAGUGGCUGAUAUAGAACCAUUAUUUGAUCGUAUAUUAUUUUUUUGGUCUGACCGAAGAAAUCCUCACGAAGUUCAACCAGCUUUUAAAACUAGGUAUGCAAUUACUCUUUGGUAUUUUGAUGGCAACGAGAAAGAAGAAGCUGGAAGAAGAUUUCAAGAUGCAAGUCAGUCUAAUAUCUGUUGUUACCAAAAUGCGACUUAAACAGUAUGCAUGUUCCAUAGUCUUGAAAAUAUCAGUAAUAUCUCAUUGACUGGUAAAUUGGACUCUUGAAAUUCUGUACUGAUCUUAAAUAAGAAUUUAUAUUAAUCAAGGUGAUUUGUACACAGAUCAACUCAGUAAUGGGGUUAAUGUUUUCAAUCUGUGAUUUAGUUUAUUGACCCAGUACAAUUGAUUCCUUAAUAUAAUUCAAUUAAUUUUGAAUUUUAAAUAAAUGGCUCAAACCAUUUAACCUGUUUAGUAGAAAUAAGUAUAAAAAAAAAAAAUACUUAGUAUUUUAUUUUUUUUUAAUUUGUUGAAAAAAAUUGUAUAUUAUAAAUAAAAUAUAAUAUAAAAUAAUGUGUUUUAUAAAUUUAAAUAUCACAACAAAUAUCAAUAUCAUCAUUUUUAAAAGCAAUCUAAUAAAUUAUUGUUAUUAGUUCAACAAAUAUUUUGUUACCAUUAUGAUGUAAAAUUUAAAGUUGAAAAUAUGUUCUAUUUAUAUAAAUUUGCAGUGAUUCAUAAUAAUAUGGUUUUAUUUGUUAAAAUGUUUAGGAGUAUAUUAUAAUUAUAUUUUUGAAUAUUGAAAAAUAUUUACUAUUUAGUAUUCAAUAUAAUGUGUUAAUUCAUAUAUUUAUUUAUUAAUUACUUUUUGUGAUAUCUUAAACAAUUUUCUUUUCAUUUACUGUUUUUCCUUAACUAUGAUGUUUAAUGUUUAUAUAAAUACACGAAAUAUAUUAUAAUUA